AUGAACGGCGUUGUGGCGGUGACGCUGCUGUUUGUAGUGCUUGGAAAGGUGUUCCAAUUUUAUCCGAAUGUGGUCGAUGCUAUCUGUGCGCGGAUUUUCGGUCCUGCGAACGCCCGUGCGGUCCGCGAGUUGAGGACUUCCCUCGCCGAGUACGCUGCGCUGAAGGAGAAGAACAUGGGUGUGUCUGCACAGGAUGAGUAUACGAAGUGGACUUUGAACAACAGGAAGCUGGACAAGCUGAACAAGCGGAUCGAUUCCUUGAAGCAGGAGGUACGGUCUGCCAACGACGGGCGGGCCAGCCGGUUCAAACAUGCGAAGCUGGUGCUCCUGACGGUACCCUUCACUUUGUUCAAGUUGUGGUUUGGGAAGCAUGUGGUGUACACGCUGCGGUCGCCCAAGUACUUCCCGAGUCUGGUACGUGCCGUGUGGGACCAAGGUUUUCUGUUCUACGCGAUGCUGCCGCUGCAGUGGUUGAAAGGCCGGUCCGUCGCGAUGGGCCACGUUAAUGUGUCGCUUGGGGUGUGGUGCUGGGCGCUCAGCUCCGUUCUGGCCACGGUGGAGUUUGUCGUCAAGACGCUGUGGUUCACGCCAGCGGUGCCGAACCCGGCGAAGAGGAACACCAGCACCUCGACGUCUCUAUAA